AUGCUGGGCCAAGAGCUGUUGCACGAGAUACGCUCCAUGGACUCCACCAGUGCGGUGACGAGUGCGCACAGCCGUCUCCUCAAGUGCCUCAGGGAUGUGUCCGCGCACCGCAUUCCGUCAACGCAUGGGCUAUGCCAGUGCUCCAUGCUGUGUGGAGCAUUCUGCCGGCGGCUGGCCGUAUUGGAUGUCUCCGUGGUGCACGACAGCGCUGAAUACUUGGCUCCACUCCGCGCGGCACUGGAUAGCGUUGCGUCACCCACGCAAGAGGCAACGCUGUUUGCGUACGCCGUGGGAGAGAUCGAAACACUGCGUACGACGAGACGCGCCACCUUCCGCCAGCGUAUCGACGACCUCACAAAGUCCGUCCCCCCUACCCGCUGGGACGUCGAGAGAAUCGCUGCACUCGUCCGGGAGCUGUCGGCCGCCGAGCGCCGCUCCACGCAGCCGAGCGCGUCCCGUGCGUUGGGGAAGCGGCAGCGCGAUGGCAGUGACGCUGGUACAGAGAGUGGUGGACCGGUGGCGGUGCGGUGGCGCCUCCCGCUGCGCGACCCCAUCACACUUGGCGCCGUCGUCAUCCCCGUGCGUGGCGCGGCAUGUCAGCAUCAGGAGGUGUUCGACCUGGAGUCGUUCGUGCGCGCCACACAACAGGCUCUCGCCCGUCGUGAGGAGUCGGUUGAAGAGGUGGCAAGUCAUAAGUGGGGCGGCUGUGGCAGCAGCACCAGCAGCAGCAGUGAGAUUGCGCCCUGUACGGCGUGCCCAGUGUGUGGACGCGCUACCACGUUGCACAGCCUGCGUGUCGAUGAGGAUAUCAUAGAGGCCAUGCGACAGCACACUGAGAAGGGAGGCCGGCUUGGUCCAAAUGACUGCGUUGUGUGGGAUGCCACAACACGUGCGUACUGCGUCGAAGAGCAUCCCACCGCGGAUCGUGAGGUGGAGGAUGUACCGGAGGCGGAGCCGAGUCGCCCUCCGCGUGUCGUGCUCAUCGAGGGCCACGUGUUGUACGCCGAGGAUUAG